AUGGCGGCCAUGGCAGGGGAGGAGGAGGAGUACGAGGCGGUGCUGUGCGUGAAACCGGCGGUGCACGUCUACCGGGUACCGCCGCGGGCCUCCAACCGCGGCUACAGAGCUGCGGAGUGGCAGCUGGACCAGCCGGCGUGGAGCGGCAGGCUGCGGAUCACAGCCAAGGGCAAGAUCGCCUUCAUUAAGCUGGAGGACAAGACCUCGGGAGAGCUUUUUGCCCAGGCACCGGUGGAGCAGUUCCCUGGCAUCGCUGUGGAGAGCGUGAUGGACUCCAGCAGAUAUUUUGUCAUCCGGAUCGAAGACGGGAACGGCCGUCGAGCUUUCAUCGGAGUGGGCUUUGUCGACCGUGGGGAUGCUUUUGACUUCAACGUGGCUCUCCAAGACCAUUUUAAAUGGGUGAGGCAGCAGAGCGAGCUGGCCAGACAGGCCGAGAACCCCGAUCAGGGACCCAAACUGGAUCUGGGCUUCAAGGAGGGGCAAACCAUCAAACUCAACAUUGCGAACAUGAAGAAAAAAGAAGGAGCAACAGGGAACACCAGACCGCGGCCAGCGGGUCCUGGGGGCCUGAGCUUGCUCCCACCGCCUCCCGGAGGAAAAUCUUCUGCUCCGCUUUGUCCUUCCGGAGAGCGGCCAUCUUCGCUGUCCGCUCCCACCCAGCUCCCGGGCACUCCCAUCACAGACUCCCUCUUGUCCUGGCCGCAGCCCGCUGCUGCUCCCUCUGCCGCCGCCGCCGAUGUCUGGGGAGACUUCGCCAAAGCUUCGGGGUCGGCUUCUAACCAGACUCAGGCAAACGCAGGCUGGGUUCAGUUCUGACCCCAGCCCCUCAUACGCUCUUCCCUGCUCGGGUGCUGGGAUCGUCGCGAUUCCUUCAGGACCAAAGCUCGGGCUUCGGGACACCCCGCUCCUGCCCUUAAAUCCCUCCCCCGGGAUCAAAAUGCUGAAAUAAGUGCCGGAGAGCAAAUGAACACGUGCCUUAAAACACUCCACAGCAUUGGGGGCCUUUUAUUUUCUACCUGGAUUGCAGCAAACCUCUGAGGCUUCUCCUUUUGCAAAAAAAAAGCCGUCGGCUUCAUGGCCUCUCCGUAAUAACGAGAGGGUGAGCAAGUGCUCACAGCCGGAGGACUUUUGCUUGUAGCGCUGCCCUAAUUAAGGUAAUUUUCGCCAAAGGUUUAUGCGAUAGAGCCUCCUUGGAGACUUCUCCGCUUUCUCCUCACAUAUUUGGGCUGGAUAAAUCCUUCCCUCGGUGGGGACCAUCCUCCUGGAGACGUCUUACCUGCAAAAUCCAGAUGAACGCGCUGUCGAGACACCGAGCGUCACCCCGAUUUCCCCCCCCCCCAAGUGCUUAACUCGGUGAUGCGGGAGGUGGGGAGCCAGACUGCUGCGUUUCCAUGCUGAAAUUCCGAAUUUCUUGCUCUGGGAAGGUUUAUGUUUUUUUUUCUCCCUCCUCUAUUUUGAAGAUGGAUUUUUACUUCUUUCUGCGGACAUUUUAUUAAGCCUUAUAUGCAAUGAAGGACAGAACGGAGUCGGUCUCUUUGACAGAGCUGGGGUUGAGAUUCCUCUUUAAACAAAUAAAUAUUUUCUUACCUAUUUAUA